AGAAGCUCGGCCGCUUCCACACUCGAAAAUGGCGCCGAAACGGCGAACUCGAACCGAAAUUCGUUAGAAAAGCGCGGGGCAGGCUGGGACGGGAGGGGCCGGGCCCGCGGGUUUGAACGGCACCGCCGCCCCCGCCCGCCAUCUUGUGUUCGUUACAGCAGGGAGGGGAAAGCGCCCAGAAAUCCGCCGGGAGCGGCUUUUUCGGGGCAGAGACGGAGGGGUGGCAGACAGUAGGGGGUGAGGGCGGCGCGGUAGCGCAGUCUCGAGGCCGUGCCGGCGGAGAAAAGGGUUAAUUUAAAUUUUAGAAGUAGGUCAGUGGGCGGCGCUUGGUUGCUGGGCGACGCGCGCCGGUUUAAAAUUAAUUUUAAAAAUAUUUUAAAAAUCCUUUUACAAGUGAAAAAAAAUUAAAAAUUGUGAGAGCGCGGCGAUUUUGAAGCGGGUUUAAUUAAUUAACGGGCGGCGCCGUGGCACCUUGGGGGGGCCGGAGGGGGACCCGUGAGGUGGCGGAGGAGGAGGAGGAUGAAGAGGAUGCGUUCUCGCGAGAAGUCGCCAUAGCGACGGCGGCGCUUGGCGGCUGGGGGGAGCGGGAGCCGCCGCUCCUGAGGCGACGGGAGCGGGACAGGGAGGCGGGAUCAUCCCGGGAUCGGCCGGGAGCAGCAGGCGGGAUCAUCCCGGGAUCGGCCGGGAGCAGCCGGCGGGAUCAUCCCGGGAUCCGGCGGGAGCAGCAGGCGGGACCGUCCCGCGUUCCCCCGGGAGCGGGCUCCGCCGGGAGCGGGCUCCGGCCGCCGCUCUGCGCGCUCCCCCGCUGCCCGCGCAGUUGUCCAUACUCAGUUGGAUAAUGUGAAAACAGAAUUCUCUUUAAACUCAGUUAUAACACAUGGUUUUAAUGCUCCAUCUGAACAACUAAGAUGAGACUGAAGACUUCCCUUUUGAAGGAGCCAAAACAUAAGGACUUGGUGAGCUGUGUGGGCUGGACCACAGCUGAUGAGCUCUACUCGUGCAGCGAUGACCACCAGAUCAUGAAAUGGAACCCAGUGACCAGCGAGACCACUCGGGUGCUGAAGCUGCCAGAGGAUGUUUAUCCCUUAGAUCUGCACUGGUUUCCCAGAGCCGUUGGUGGCAAGAAGCAAUCCCAGGCUGAGAGCUUUGUUCUGACGAGCUCUGAUGGGAAAUUCCACUUGAUUUCCAAGCUGGGAAGAGUGGAGAAAAGUGUAGAAGCACAUUGUGGAGCUGUCCUUGCAGGAAGGUGGAAUUAUGAGGGAACAGCUCUGGUUACAGCUGGGGAAGACGGCCAAGUGAAAAUCUGGUCUAAAAGUGGAAUGCUGAGAUCCACCUUGGCUCAGCAAGGAACUCCAGUGUACUCAGUGUCCUGGGCCCCUGACUCUGACAAAGUUCUCUACACCUCAGGGCAGCAGCUGAUUAUUAAACCCCUCCAGCCAAAUGCCAAAGUUCUGCAGUGGAAGGCCCACGACGGGCUGGUUUUGAAAACGGACUGGAAUUCCGUGAAUGAUCUGAUCCUCUCUGCGGGGGAGGAUUGCAGGUACAAGGUUUGGGACAGUUUUGGCCGUGUCCUGUACAAUUCCCAGCCCCACGAGUAUCCCAUCACUGCCAUCGCCUGGGCUCUGGAUGGAGAAUUAUUUGCUGUGGGGUCUUUCAACACUCUGCGUCUCUGUGAUAAAACUGGGUGGUCUUAUGCCCUGGAGAAGCCCAACACUGGCAGCAUUUUUGCCAUUUCCUGGUCCAUCGAUGGCACGCAGCUGGCAGGAGCCUGUGGCAAUGGCCAGGUCAUCUUUGCCCACGUGGUGGAGCAGCACUGGGAGUGGCAAAACUUCCAAAUUACCUUAAUUAAGAGGAGAACCAUGAAGGUGCACAACGUCACCGACGACGCCGUGGAUCUGCUGGAGUUCCGGGACAGGGUCAUCAAAGCCUCCCUCAGUUCUGGGUAUUUGGUGGUCUCCACUUCCCUGCAGUGCUACGUGUUCUCGACGAGGAACUGGAACACUCCGCUGAUUUUUGACCUGAAGGAAGGAACUGUGAGUUUGAUUCUCCAAGCAGAAAGGCAUUUUCUUCUCGUGGAUGGUGGAGGACUUUAUUUAUAUUCCUAUGAGGGCAGAUUGAUUUCCUCUCCAAAAUACCCAGGCAUGAGGACAGACAUUCUAAAUGCCCUGACCGUGUCCCUGAGCAAUGACACCCUGGCAGUGAAGGACAAGGCUGAUGAGAAGGUUAUCUACAUCUUUGAAGCUUUAUCUGGGAAGCCACUGGGUGAUGGAAAACCUCUGACCCACAAGACAGAGAUUGUGGAGAUUGCAUUGGACCAGAAAGGACUGACAAGUGAGAGGAAAAUAGCUUUUAUUGAUAAGAACAGAGAUCUUUUCAUCACCUCAGUGAAGAGGUUUGGGAAAGAGCAGAAGAUUGUCAAAAUAGGGACAAUGGUGCAGAGUUUGGCCUGGAAUGACAGCUGCAACAUCCUCUGUGGCAUCCAGGACUCCAGGUUCACAGUCUGGUACUAUCCCAACACAGUCUACGUGGAUAAAGACCUCCUCCCAAAAACCCUGUACGAAAAAGAUGCCAGUGAGUUCAGCAAGAGCCCGCAGAUAGUGAGUUUUGUGGGGAGCCAGGUGACAAUCAGGAGGGCAGACGGGUCCCUGGUGCACCUGCACAUCUCCCCGUACCCCGCCAUCCUCCACGGCCACGUCAGCUCCUCCCGCUGGGAGGACGGGCUCAGGCUCUGCAGGUUUGUCAAGACAACAGCAACAGAUGAGGACCAGACCCUGUGGGCUUGCUUGGCUGCCAUGGCAGUGGCCAACAAGGACAUGAGCACGGCUGAAAUUGCCUACGCAGCGAUCGGCGAGAUUGACAAGGUGCAGUACAUCAAUGCCAUCAAGGAGCUGCCCUCCAAGGAGUCCAGGCUGGCUCACAUGCUGCUCUUCAGCGGCAACAGCCAGGAGGCUGAAACCCUCCUGCUCCAGGCAGGCCUGGUCUACCAAGCCAUCCAAAUCAACAUUAACCUUUACAACUGGGAAAGAGCCCUGGAGCUGGCAGUGAAGCACAAGACGCACGUGGACACGGUCCUGGCUUACAGGCAGAAAUUCUUGGAGGAUUUUGGGAAAAAAGAAACCAACCAAAGGUUUUUGCAAUAUGCAGAAGGUCUGGAAGUGGAUUGGAAUAAAAUCAAAGCCAAAAUAGAGAUGGAAAUUGCUAAAGAAAGGGAGCGGGCAGCAGCCAGUGCUGCAGGGAGGAGCAGUGUGACUGUGCAGCAGUAAUUCACAUUUUGGGCACCUUCAAAGUGCUGCUUCAAUGUUUGGUACUGCUUUGUUGUAAAAAAAAAGCCACAGCAAACAUUUUGUGGGUCACAGCAGUGGGAAUUUCUGUGGAUUUGAAUCCUUGGGUGACACACAGGAUUAAUUAUUUCAUUUUGAGCUGGGUUUAUAUUCUGGUGCCAGUGCUGACAACAUAAAUGAGAAAAAAGGGAAUUAACAGUUCCUCUCUUAGUGAUUUUAAACUUUCAUUGCCAUUAAUAUUCUUUAACCUGGGUUGCCUCUACUGAAAUCACAAUUUGAGCCCCACGUUAAGCAGUUGGGUUAUUUCUGCAACCUCAGGGACCUCUCCAGACUCAUUUCAAUUGCCCUAAAACAAAUUGAGCAAACUGAAAGUGCUGAAAAUGCAAAAAAAAAAAAAAGGAGCUUGAGCCUCUAAAAUUAUUCCCUCACCGUUGUGGGCAUAAAAAUUUGUUAGUGAGUUAUUUAAUAGAUUAUUUCAGAUCAUUUCAGCAGCUCAGGUUUGUCACUGAGCAAAACAUUCAGCAGUAAAAGGAUUUUUUUUUGUUUAAAAUACUUUGGAAUGUGCUUUCAGGGUUGUUGGAAGUAGCAAACAGCAUUUGUAGCAUCUGACACGUAAAAUCGACAAGAAUAUUUAAAAUAAGAGAAUAUUUCAUGUCUUUUCUCUGCCCAAAGCACUUGAUUUGUAAAUAAUUUUUUUUUGAAUUUAUGUUACUUCAUCAAGAUACACUUUUAUUUAUUUGACACCCAAAGCUGGCUUCAUUCUCUUCAUGUUAUAAAGAUAUUACCAGUUUAUUCAUCACUGACAAGGUUUAUAAUGUAUCCUUCAAAUGUUACCAGCGAAAUGUUAAAUAUCUGUACAUGGAGCAAAUUUGUAAACCACUGUCUGGCCCUUUCCUGCACAGUUCAUACAUUUCUUAAUAAAACCAAAUCAAACUGGA